AAAAAGAUUUUGGCACCUGUUCAAAUGAUUUUAUAAAGAAAAAGAGGCAUAGGCAGAUCAUUUGCGGCCUCUCACGUCGUGAGUUGUGGGUUUGAGAGAUUGAGUGUGUCAUAGCUCGAGUGUGUGUAAAUUAUGUGAUGAAAAAUGUCUACUUUUACCUUCUCUACUAUGAGCCAGCCCCCACCCCACAGCACAAACCAUUUAUUUCUCGUCUCUGUUCCCCUCCCCAUUGCAGACCUUUGCCCUGGAUCUUGCCUCAUUUCUGCUAAAUAUUUACCUGGUUUUUCAUGUGUCUGAUGUGUGUGUGUGAGAACUCAGCUCUGUUACAGUGCUCGUGUUCAAGAAGAUAAGCUGCCACAAAAUGUCCGACAGUCUCCGGCUUUUAGUGAAAAAUGCCAAACAGGUGGUUAUGGUGUGUAAAAACGGGGAGAACUUUCUGACCAAAGAUGGGAUGCAGAAUUUGGCAGUUCUUGAGAAUGCAAGCGUGGUCAUUGGACAUAAUGGACUUAUCGAAGCCGUGGGACCUGCAGACUCCAUCGAGUCCCGCUUCAGAGAAGCUGUAUUUGAUCACGUUUUGGAUGCUACUGGCAUGUGUGUUCUUCCUGGUUUGGUUGACGCACACACUCAUCCGGUUUGGGCUGGGGACAGAGUACAUGAGUUUGCAAUGAAGCUAGCUGGAGCCACAUACAUGCAGGUGCAUGAGGCCGGUGGGGGCAUUCACUUUACAGUGACACACACACGUGCAACAAAUCCAGAAACUCUGCUGCAAGGGGUGAAAGGUCGUCUAGAGCGCAUGCUGAGAGCUGGAACUACACUGGUGGAGUGUAAGAGCGGUUAUGGACUGGAGCUCAAUACCGAACUCAAAAUGUUGAAUGUUAUAGAUGCAGCCAGGAAGACCAUGCCUAUUGGGAUAUCCUCAACAUACUGCGGUGCACAUGCAGUGGCCAGAGGUAAGACUAUGGAGGAGGCAACUGAGGACAUUCUCUCAGUGCAGCUGCCUGCUGUACAAAAGCAGAUUUCCGCUGGCAACCUGCAGGUAGACAAUAUUGACGUGUUCUGUGAGAAAGGAGUUUUUGAUCUGAAUUCCACACGCCGAAUUCUCCAGGCUGGGAAGGACAUGGGUCUCAACAUCAACUUUCAUGGAGAUGAACUGCAUCCUAUGAACUCUGCACAGCUUGGGGCGGAGCUUGGUGCUUUAGCCAUAAGUCACCUGGAGGAAGUGACUGAUGAGGGCAUUGCUGCCAUGGCAAGAGCAAAAACAUGUGCUGUUCUGCUGCCUACCACUGCCUACAUUCUCAGGCUUCCAUGUCCUCGGGCCAGAGAUAUGCUUGAUGCUGGAGUUAUUGUAGCACUUGGGAGUGACUUUAAUCCCAAUGCUUACUGCUGCUCAAUGCCUAUGGUGAUGCACUUGGCCUGUGUGACAUUGAAAAUGUCGAUGCCUGAAGCUCUGGCAGCUGCCACAAUAAACGCAGCCUACGCGUUAAAUCACUCACAGUCACAUGGAUCUCUGGAGCCUGGCAAACAAGGAGAUCUUCUCAUCAUUAAUGCCCCACGAUGGGAGCAUCUUAUCUACCAGUUUGGAAGCCAUCAGGAGCUGGUGAGAUUUGUCAUCAUCAAAGGCAACAUUGUUUAUGAAAAUGACAAGGUCUUGGACCUCUGAAUGUAGAAACAUUCUUUUAUUUCAAAGAGCUGCUGAUAAUCAACAGUUUAUGUGAAGACAUGUAUGGCUGUUAUUAAGGUGCUGUGAAGUCAAACAUUACAAUACAAACUCCCUGAUCAAAAAAAAAAAAAAAAGACGAUGUUUUUUGUACAGGGGGCUUUCAGUGAAGAUAUAAAUUAUAUUAUAUAAUUUAAAUAACGAUACGAAAUGACUAAAAUAUAUGUAGUAUACAAAGGCAUAUGAGUUUGUCAAAUAAAAAAGUAGCUUAAAAAAGGUAGCUUAGAAAUAUACAAUAACACCUCAGGUCAUUUUUGCCAUUAGUUUGUACUUUACAGACAUUAGCAAUAUCACUGUUAAGUCAGUAGACAGCAAGCUGUGCAAAAAUGUGGUGGAUUAUUCCACACUUUUCUGUUUUCAACAGAAAACAGAAUCAAUACUUAUAAUUUAUUUAAAAAAAAAAAAUCACAUUUAUUUGAUCUACAUUUAUAUAUACACACAUUUUGAAUGAAACUGCUGGAUUUGAGAAUACUACACACCCAUACAGGAAAAGCUUGUCGUUCAAGAAUAAAACAUUUAUAUUUUAUAUAGUUACAAAACCAAGAAUGUCCAAUACAAAAAAGCAGAAAUGUAUGUGUGAUGCACUGGCUCUGUGCAAUAAAUAAAUUCAAUAAAAAGAAAUCUCA